UUUUAUCAACACCUUCAUGGUUCUAUAGGCAACUGGAGAAAAUGGAUGAAAUCUAUUUGGAAGUAUACUCUUUAACACAAUUGUGUCUUGCACCUAUAGAGACUAUAGUGGCUUUAUUUACUGUAAAAUAUUGCAAUUCUAAAAUUAGCAUUAAACUGGUCCCUAGUAAACAGAAGCCUCUUGAACGAGCAUACACAAUAGAUAUUUCCACUUUUGUGUACACAGUGAUGGAUGCAAAUAAAAUUCCUAGCUCUGCAAGUUCAUGUGAAUUACCGAUCAUUAUCGUGAACAAGACAAGCUGUAUUGCAGGUCUCUGCGCGAUUUUACGCCAAAUAGUUAAGGAUGUGACGGCAGAAUAUCCAGAACAUCAUUGUCGCAAGUUAUUAGGAUUUAAAGACUCGUGCUUGACAGCUUGCUCGGAGGCAAGUGUCUGGACGAAAUUCUGCGAGGUAGAUUUGAUCUUAACUUUAAAAUUUUUACAUGCUGAUGAUGCGAUAUGCAACGAAUUGCCUUCUAGCAUGGCCAAAUUCGAGUACCACAUGCUGCAACCGGUUAGAUUGCACAAUCUGUACAAGUAUACAAUGUCUAAAAAGUUUGCCGAGGAGAAUGGAAUUUCGCGGGACAAGACGCGGAUUCCGGAGCACACGUAUGCUGAAGGCUCAUACAUCACUCUAGCAGAUAUAAUUAUAUUUGUUUGCGUGCAUAUCUUGUUAACUAUAUUCUCCGGCGAGUCGAUACCGGAAUUACUUCCACUGACCGUUAAAUGGUAUGAAAAAAUGAUGGAGGAUCAAUUCAUUGUCGACAGUUUAGAGUGUUUACCAUCGGUAAAAAAGCAAACUUCGAACGAACAUAGUUACACUCUUCCUAAAGUGGCAAACGAAAGUCUGUACAAGAGCGACCCGAAACGAUAUAAACCGAGAAGCCGUAUCUACACGAGGCAAGAUGAUGUGGAGCAGUCAUUGGAAUUAUUUAAAAAUUUGAAUAUAGAGAUGAGGCUUGAUCUGGAACCGUUUGGCGCCGAUUUAAGUAUAGAUUGGUCCACGGUACCAUUUGACGCUACCCCGGAAGGUGGUUCCCUGCCACCAGCGCGACUGAAAAGAAAACAGGAACAGUUGGAGAACAUGUGCAAACCUGUAAUGAAAUUGGCGAAAGCAGGAGACGUGAUCGUGGACUUCUGUUCCGGCAGCGGCCAUUUGGGUAUUCUAUUAGCAUACCUUUUGCCUUAUUGUACCGUUAUAUUGCUGGAAAACAAAGAGGAAUCGUUGAACAGAGCCAAGGUGAGGGUGAAGAAACUACGCUUGGCGAAUAUCAAAUUUUACCAAUGCAAUCUAGAUUAUUUUAAAGGUGACUUUGACAUCGGUCUGUCGUUGCAUGCGUGCGGCGUCGCGACCGAUUUGGUUAUACAGCAGUGCAUCAGGAGAAGAGCCAGUUUCGUCUGUUGCCCUUGUUGCUACGGAUCCCUGCAUGACUGCCACCACUUGACCUAUCCAAGGAGUAACGCUUUCAGGAAGGAUAUGAAUCGGGAGAAUUACAUGGUACUUAGCCACGCAGCGGAUCAAACGCAUGAUGAGAAAAACGUUAAGACCAAGCAGGGUUACGAAUGUAUGGCGAUCGUGGACACCGACAGGAAGAUUCUAGCCGAGCAGUUCGGUUAUAAGGUGUAUCUGUCCAAGUUCAUACCAAAGACUUGUACUCCCAAAAAUCACAUAUUGGUAGGGAUCCCUAGAAAAGAAACGUUAAAGACAGAGUGUGUAGAUUAAUUGUGCUGCAUUUGGAAAGAUACCUGAAGAGUGUGUCUCGAAACUCAUACUCAAGAUUUGUAUACUUAAAUAUCACGCAUUCGAACGAAUCACAUGAAUUGUUUGUAUCGUCUUUCUACGACUUUUCUGUUUUGUAUCAUUUCGUGUAUUAGACUGCAGAUGUUCAUGCACUCAUGUAAUUGAAUAUCCAAAAUAAAGAACAGAAUUCUUUGGUAAAUAGAAAAAUCUCUUCAAUUCUUUUUAUCUUAUUUCACGACAACUUUAAAUGUACGUAAACUAUGAAUGCGUAAAGAUCCGCAGUCUGUACUGAACGUUUUAAGCGUAAAAAUAAAUUGGAUACUAUUCUUGUUAAAUGAAUGAACAAAAUUUUGCAAAUAAAACUCACUUACCCAA